AUGGUUCGAGUCACCGAUGAGCUGGCCCUGACGCCAGGGAAUGUCACUCUUUACUACGCCUACGACCCUCUGCUGGGAGACCUUCCUUUCUGUAUAUUUCACGGCCCAUCCACCACCGCCAACUACACCCACAACUCCUCGCGCAUCCAGAUACAUGUCUUCAGUCCCGCUGGCCUGCAGUCCUAUCCGCGCAUAACCAUCUCCCCGAGCUCUCCUUUCUACGGCGUGGUCAGCCACUUGCCCCGCGAGUUCCAAGGCGACGAGAUAUGGAGGGGUCUCGCCUUUGGCCUCUUCAAGUACUUCACCGAGCUGCCCGAGGCCGUCAAGACUCACCUGAGGAAGCAGUACCCGGGCACCAAAGGCCAACGUCCCGGCUCGGCCCCUGCCUUGUUCGGCGAACAACAUGCAGCUAAUCUUGCCCAGGACAUGACCAAGUCCGACAACACAAAAGAGGUGAUAAAUGCUCUGCAGUCAGCGCUGCAGACCCAACACAUCAGCAAUGUCGACAUUGACCUCGUCUUGCCACCUGGCUCCAUCGUUCCACUCAACAACGCCGAGCUGGAGGAGGUGCCCGAGGACGAGGACGACUUGAUAGACCCGACCCUUCGCCAGUAUGGCAGCUACACGCCACUGGUCAGACUCCUGGGGGAGCCUGUGUUCCUGCCGACGUCCAGGUUGAGGAGAGCCCCGUCUAAACCGACCUCGCUGAAUAGGGGCAAGUCUUUCUCCAAAGACCAGAAGGAAGACCUCCGCAUGAAACUGGUCGAGCUUGUCGAGACAGAAGAGCGCUACGUCGCAAAAUUGAAUGAGCUUGUCAAGCACAUUGCCGAUGACUUUCGCCAGACCGCCAAGAGCCGCCCACCUGGCAGCCUCAGCCCGACUGAAGAGGAUGUGGACAAGCUCUUCCCCAAGUCAUCCGACUCUAUCUUGCAACUCAACACUGCGUUCAUGCAGGAGCUUCGCAGGGUCAUGGACGAGACGGAGGAAGACGCUACGAGGGACUUGCAAUCAUCUCAUGGGAGUGUUACCCGGGUAGGCGGCUCAACGAGGACAAAAGACCCCAGCGGUGCUCUGGCCGUUGCCAGGCUCUUCGUCGAGUGGUUCCCAAAAUUCACCGAGAGCUAUCAAGAUUAUAUCCGCGCGAGCCAGAACUUCCCGCAGCUGCUGAACAGCUUCCUGGAUAAGCAGUCCAGCUUCCGACAGAGGGUCGCUCAAAAAGGAGAACAGACAGUUCGCUCCAUCUUAAUCGAGCCCGUGCAACGCUUGCCUCGGUACAGCCUUCUCAUCGACCAGAUUGUGGGCUGCAUACCCAUAACACAUCCUGCCCUGCAACUUAUGCUGAAGGCGAGGGACAUCAUCACCAACAUCUGCUCCAUGGACGAACCCCUAAUAGACAAGCCGCACGUGGCGAACCGCCUCCGAAACAUGGUCGAAAGCUGGCCACUUGACCUGGAACCACAAGGUCGCCUAAUUACAGCUAUCGACUUCGCCGAGCUUGCGCCACCUUUCAACGCCGACUCGCCACAGCUCGGCGCACACGAUAUAGGCGGCAUUCUCCUGCUCUUCUCCGAUUGUGUCGCUUUGGUUACCAAGUCGUCCACCUCCAGCCCGACUGGUAAAGAGCUCAUCCGAGAGAUCGAUAAGCCCUCUGCGGCUGGACUCCUCGCCUCCAUGACUAAUGCGGCAGGUGGUCAAGGCUCUUACGAGCUUGCGUUCAUGGGGUGGCACAAUCUCGCCGAUGUUCGAUUUACAGAGUCAGAAGAUGGUCGGCUGUUGUGGAUGACAUCCACGCAAGAGAUGAAGUCAGCCCGCACCGGCGAAGGGGCUAGCAAGGCCAUAACCUCGCGCUGUUUCAUGCUCCAUGAGGCCUUCGAGGGUAAGGCUGGCAGAUUGAGCGAAGAAAUCGUCAAGGGCCGUAUCGAAGGUCGUUUCUCGGAAUCAGAACGUGAGACUCCCGUUUGGACGCUCCGAUCUGUAAGGCUACCCGAGAACAACCUUGGGAUGCAUGCCGCAGUAUUUCAGGAGGCUGCAGAACAGCUUGUCGAAGGCCGCCGGGAACCUGCGCCUAUUCGAAUCGUGGUCGAUAACGAGAAAGGCACUAAGGGGCAUCCAGUUGGGCAUUAUGGAGUCGAAGUUGUGACGGAGGUCCGGAGUGGGAGCUUAAAACGCCUGCGCAUGACUACACUGGGUCUGAAUGGCAAGCAGUGCACCGACGAUGUUGCUCUGGAAGAUCUAUUGCCUACUCUUUCCAGACGAUUCAUACAACUGCUCAGCACCCAGUUUAAUACCUCCAACUACCGGCUGGCUCCGGCCAUAGUAUCCUAUUACUCCAAGAUCGCAAGGACUCUGAGCUUCAGCGCGAGAGAGCAAAGGGGGAUGUCCUUCCUGCGCACAUCCCCUGUCAAGAUGCUGUCAAGUUUCCUUAGCGGUAGCACAUCUGACGUUACUUCGACAAGCCCACCUAAACAGCAGCGCGCUGGCCUGCUCAGCCCCCCGCCACUGAUCGCCCGAGCAGGCAGUUCCAGAGAAUCCCUUGUCGACUCCAUAAGAAGCCGCGGCAGCCGGGACACUAUUGGUGUUGCCGGCGAUGAUGACCGGCCUGACAACCCUCUAGUGCGACUCGAGCAGACUUUCACUGGAUAUGUCGCCGUGCUGCAAUCACGCAAAGGUCAUUUCAUCGGCCGGCUACUAAUGGGCCGGUCAACGGCGGAUGAGCUAACCGUCAAUGAUCUGUACAAUCGCUUGAUUGAGAGUCCCUUCGACUUGGAGUCGUCUUCUGAAAUCAGUGCCGAGACCGUCUUUGUGGCCUUUGAGAAGUUUGUGCGUAUUGCAUGGCGAGAACAGAUGGGGCCUGUCAUGUCCACCCAGCACUUGGACCUGCUUCUAGAACGAGCAAGCAGGAAGGUCCCGGGAGAAUUCGGCGAUUUCGUCCGCUAUCUCUUUAACGAGAUGGCGCCACAAAAUAGAAGGGCCUUCACCGCGCUGAUCAAGCUACUUGAGGAUUUGCUCGAAGGUUGUAGCAACGACAGCGAUCGCGGCGCUUUGACUGUCGCCUUCGCAGAGCUCCUGGUCGAUGACGGCAGCGCUCAAAAUUACAUCAAUCUUCUCGACCGUCUUGUCGAAGACUGCGACCGAAUAUUCGAGGAUCCUCUGGCCGCGCUGACCAGCUCCUUUGAGCGCACGUUGGCCUAUGAGUCCUUAAACUCGCCAUAUCACAGCUACAAGUCUGCGGGCUCUCUGACGUCCAACACGUCUUCUCUCCGACGCAAGUUUGGCUUUGACAAUCUCCUCAGACAGAAUAGCAAGAACGAAGGUGAUCGCCCUUCGGUGUGGCGGACCUUGAGCAAGCAUGGGAGACAUCCAGCCACAGGGGACAGCUCGAGUCUGGGCAGGUCUGCAAUCAAUCGAUCGAAGUCGAUUGAUGUCGGCGUGCCUACAAUACCUAACAAGCUCAGGCGGCCAGGUUCACGCGAUAGGCCCCGUGUUGCCGGUGCGUUUGAUGACAUGAACGUUAGGCCACCAAAUACACAUCGUCCAGGAAGUUCACACCGUCUAGAGUCUGGCUUGGAAACGAUUGGCGAACCAGAGACCGAGUUGCUCGAGCCACCGAAGUCUCUCAAGAAGAAGCGAAGAAGCUCACUCUCGGAUCUCAAGAACCUGAUGGAGUACACCACUCCGGAAGCUCCACCAAUGAUGCCCCUGAAUGUCACCAAGAAGACUUCCGAAAAGGUCAACGCCGCGCCGCCUCGCAUUCCAGUGCCAUCGUCUAAGAUACCAAUGAGCCCUACAAAAGCGAAAACAAGCCCACCGAUAAGCCCUGCCAAAGCCAAACCAAGCCCACCGAUGAGCCCUGCCAAAGCAAAACCAAGUCCACCACCCACCAGCAAGAUCCCCGUAACACCCCAAUCUCAAAGUCUGCGUUCCCCACGCCAGAAAGAGAACCCUGCCACGGAGCCAUUCCAAAGCAUGUUCUCAACCCCUCAACCUCCGUCGUCAGGGUCCUCGCUGCGUAGGAAACACGCAAAGACGCUAUCUUCGUCGAACAUCCCAUCUCUCAAACCGUCCCGUCUCCCCAUGGCUGGCGUGUUCAGUCCGACAACCAACGACUUCUCGCGCUCCACCAACAGCGUCGGUAGGUCUUCAACCCAGAGGCUGAAACUGCAGUCUCCGCAGAAGCUCAGGGAGCGCCUGGAGACGGAGAAGAAGGCGAUAGAAGACGUCGACUCCGGGCUGAAGACGGAGCUGUCUCGCAUAUCUGCCGACAUGGCUCGUGUGAACAACACAAUGCCGCGCUCCGCCACGGGCGACCUCCGCAAGCUGUCGGCCUCUAUGAAAGCGCUGGACGAGCGGAUACCGCAGGUGCUGCAGGAGCUGGACGAGCGGCAGAGGGCGAUCAAGGAGGACAUGGAGGCGUCGCUCGUGGCCAGCGAGGCCAAGGUCAAGGCCAUCGACCAGCUGUACAAGGAGGCCACGGCGGAGAACGAGCUGCUGUACGAGAAGUUCAACUCGGAGCUCGUCAAGAUCGUCAAGGCCAUCCGGGGCAAGGGCCGCGAGGACAGGGAGGAGCUCGUGACCAAGCUCAAGGACUCAAGCGAGGAGACGGCCUACGUCAAGAAGGAGAACGCCAGGCUUAGGAGGGAGAUUGUCAGCCUCCGUUCGUUGCUCAAGGGCGGUGGGAGCAGGGAUGACUGA